UGGAAACUCGGAAGGUCCAGUUCGGAGUGCAGGCAAGACAGAAAACCUUGCGAUCGCCGAACGUAUUUGGGUCCUCCCCUGCACAGUUUUUCCCAGGAUACGGACUCACCAGCCGAUGGAACUUAAAAGUACAGGUGUAUUUUUACGACAAUUAUUUGAAACACCUCGACUGCACACAGAUCUCCAAAAUCUGAUCUCCAUUUAUCGAAUUAUCUAAAUUCUAAAACCAAUUGGCUGCAACAGUGAUAAUCUGAUUUCAGACAAGGAACUGAUCAGUGUUGGCAAACGGUGACUGAACCAUGUCUGAAAAGGCUGAAGCUUCCCUGGAGCUGACGAAGUCUGCUGUUGAGGCUGUACAGGGAGUGAUGGCUUUCAUCGAAUCAGCGGAGAAGCUGGCUUCCACAUGCGGGGUGUUCGGUCCCCUCAUAAGUUUAGCCGCGGCCAUUGUCAAACUAGCCCUAGGCAACGUGGACAGCCCAGAGCUGACCUACAUGAAAGAGCAGUUCCAGAUCGUCAGGAACAAGCUGGAUGUCAUUUCUGACCAGAUCAACGAUGUCAUUCGGGAGGUCUGGAAAAACACGAUGGACAGCCAGUAUUCCCCCAUUGAAGAAAACAUAAAGAACCAGUUUCGGAAGUACAUGGACAUCCUCCACGCGAAGCCACAGUACCGGCAGGCUGAGAAGGAAGAGUUUCUCAAACACUUCGACGUGAGCAAGGGGGACCAGAAUCUCAACACUCUCUACGAUGCUGUGAUGGGUUACUCGAUCGUCUUCAGCAAACCCAUCCUGGACACCGUCAUGAAAUGUGACCAGAGGAACCGGCGCCAGAUGGAGCAGUUCUGUGCCCGUCUGAAGAACCUCUUCUGUAUCGGCAUGAUACCCUUGCUGGCUCAUGCGGCCAUCUCCGGGAACGACGUAAAGGAGCUGGAGAAACAUUGGAACGAGAAAUUGUCCAAGGUCGACGAGAAAAUGAAAUCCAUGAUAGAUCGCUGCAUCAAUGAGUUUGCGGAGCAGGCGAAGAUAGAUAUAGAGAGAUUCGUAAAGGAGAAGGAAGGGAGAGAUAAUGACCAAUGCUCAUCCUAUGUAUUGGAAAAAUUAAAAAAAAAGUAUGAUUGGGUCUGCUGGUCAGUGCGAGUCUAUAAUCCCGUCGGGGGAUUUGAUAAUCACUGUCUCGUUGCCUGUAACUUCAUUUGCUUUUUCAGGCUCAACAAUGUUAAUAUUGUUGUCGCCUACAGCACUGACCCAAAGGCAGUUGAUGAGGGCCUCGUCAGGCAGCUAAUGGAAGGGAGAGACCACGUCAAUGAUGCCAGAGAAGUGGCCGUACAUGUAUGCCAUGGUCUCCCCGCUGGGCACGGUGUCCACGCAGUGAGACGGUAUAAAGGUCUAUGCUGCGCCUCGAGCUUUCCCGCUGGAUGUGAUUUCUGUCAGGACUAUAGUGGUGUUACCCUGUACGUUCACCGAGCAUAAACCUAUGAUUGUAUGGGGCACACCAUAUAACUCCCCACUGCGCCCCAAAUCACGCGUAUAUUACCCUGCUAUCCAUCACACGCAAAAUUCAAAAACAGCAUUGUGCCAUUUAACCUCAGCGUCACCAACAUUCUGUAGUAUCUCUCCCCUUCCCGACCUGAGUUCCGACUGCAGGACUCAGGUCACCCCUGACACAGCUCCCAGAACGCUAACUUGAAGUGCUACCGCCAGCAGUGUGAUUCACUGAAUUAUUGAGCCUGACACUGCCCGCUUCCUGACGCCCCUUUAUAAAAUGCACUGGCACUCUUCCUCACCCUUAACGGUUCUGUCACGACAGGUGCUAAACAUAUGAGAGCCUUGCAAACUCCUUGCAGUCCUCCUUCCUCACCCGAGGGCCGGAGGUUUUCUUUUUUUGCGAUGGGUCAGUGAGGAAGGCAUACAUGGGGUCAAAAGCAGUCUGAAAGAACAACCGUACUCCCACGGCGACAGGGUGGUGACAUCGGAGCGGGUUUGCUAUGCCACCGCCGUCAAAUGGCGACCAGAUAAUAACUCGCCCACAGGCUUCUCUCCCCCAGUAUUCACCUUUCAGUCUUCAGAUCCGUUACCUGAGCCUUUGCCGGGUUGAAGCUGCGGCACGGGCGGGGCAAGGAAUACCAAAGACUAACAGUUGAUCAGCCGGAACGCCAAGCUGUGGUUCCGUCAGGCCAAAAACCGUGCUUCCCCACAGAGGGGCAAUUUCAACUGUACUUUGUUUCUGCGAUAAUCUGAUCUGUGCUGCUUGUGCUGCCUGCAACAAUGAAAUCGUUCAAAUAGAUUUACUUUAAACUGUACCAGAUUUAUGUAAUGGCUGGGUUUUACUUAUACUGAUUUCUUGGAACUAAGAAAUAAAACUGAUUGUUAGACUGUUUGGGACUGAGCUAAAUAAACGGAAAUGAAAUGCUCAAAAUCUGAUAA